ACUUUAGAAACUAUCAGUAUAUUCUGGCUCUGCUAUUUGCCAUUGAGGAGAUCAAUGGGAACCCCAAUCUUUUACCCAACAUAUCUCUUGGAUUUGAUUUCUACAAUGUCAGAUUCACUGAGAAGGACACACUUAUGAACGCUGUUAUUUGGCUCACUGCUCAUAUGCAGAGAAAGGAUUUACCUAAUUACAAUUGUAAAAAGAAAAAAUUUUCUGCUGCACUCACAGGAACAUCAUGGACUACAUCUGCCCAAAUUGGGACAUUGCUUCAACUCUUUAAAUUUCCACAGAUUACUUUUGGACCUUAUGAUCCUCUCUUGAGUGACCAUGGUCAGUAUUCUUCUCUCUACCAGAUGGCCCCCAAGGACACAUCUCUUUCCCUUGCCAUUGUUUCUUUAAUGGUAUAUUUUAGAUGGUCAUGGGUCGGUCUCAUCCUCCCUGAUGACCACAAAGGAAAUAAAAUUCUAUCAGAUUAUAGACAGGAAAUGGAGCGACAAAGAGUCUGCAUUGCUUUUGUAAAAAUGAUCCCAGCCACAUGGACUUCAUAUUUUCCAAGGUUCUGGGAAAAUAUGAAUGAGACAAAUGUAAUAAUUAUUCAUGGUGACAUUGAUUCUCUAGAAAGUCUAUUGCGGAAUAUUGGGCAAAGAUUACUGACAAGGAAUGUCUGGGUUAUGAACAUUGAACGCCAUGUUAAUGAAUUUAGUGAUUAUUUCAUGUUAGACUCAUUCCAUGGAAGCCUAAUUUUUAAGCACAAUUAUAGAGAGAAGUUUGAGUUUACCAAAUUCAUUCAAACAGUUAAUCCUAAUCGAUACCCAGAAGACAUUUAUCUUCCGAAGUUGUGGAAUUUGUUAUUCAAGUGCUCAUUUUCUGAUCGUAAUUGUCAAGUUUUGGACAACUGCCAAACCAAUGCUUCUUUGGAUGUGUUACCUCGUCACAUAUUUGAUGUAGCUAUGAGUGAAGAGAGCAUUAGUAUUUACAAUGGUGUGUAUGCUGUGGCUUACAGCCUCCAUGAUAUGAGACUCCAUCAAGUUCAAAUGCGACCAUAUGAAAAUGGCGAAGGAAUGAUCUUCAUUCCAUGGCAGCUUAACACUUUCCUGAAGGACCUUGAGGUGAGAGACAACAGGAGUUUAAAUUGGAUACAGACAAUAGAUGCAGAAUAUGACAUUCUUAACCUUUGGAAUUUACCAAAGGGUCUUGGACUAAAAGUGAAAAUAGGAUCCUUUUCUGCAAAUGCUCCCAAGGGCCAACAGUUGUCUUUAUCUGAACAGAUUAUUCAAUGGCCAGAAAUAUUUUCAAAGGUCCCUCAGUCUGUGUGCAGUGAGAGUUGUGGGCCUGGAUUCAGGAAAGUAACCCUAGAGGGCAAGCCCAUCUGCUGCUACAAGUGCACUCCUUGUGCAGAAAAUGAGAUUUCUAAUGAGACAGAUUCUGACCAGUGUGUGAGGUGUCCAGAAAGUCAUUAUCCAAAUACAGAGAAGAGCAACUGCUACCAAAAAACUUCGAGCUUUCUGGCCUUUGACGAACCCUUGGGGAUGGCACUAGCCAGCAUAGCUUUGUGUUUAUCUGCACUUACAGAUUUUGUUAUAGGGAUCUUUGUGAAAUACAGAGACACUCCCAUUGUCAAGGCCAAUAAUCAAGCUCUGAGUUACAUUUUGCUCAUCACACUCAAAUUCUGUUUUCUAUGUUCUUUGAAUUUCAUUGGUCAGCCCAACACAGCUGCCUGCAUCCUUCAGCAGACCACUUUUGGAGUUGCAUUCACUGUGGCUCUUGCCACUGUGUUAGCCAAAGCUAUUACUGUGGUCCUUGCCUUUAAGGUCAGUUUUCCAGGAAGAAUGGUAAGGUGGCUAAUGAUAUCAAGGGGUCCAUACUACAUUGUUCCUAUCUGCACCCUGAUCCAACUUCUUCUUUGUGGAAUAUGGAUGGCAAUGUCACCACCAUUCAUUGACCAAGAUGCUCAUACUGAACAUGGACACAUCAUCAUUUUGUGCAACAAGGGUUCAUCUCUUGCUUUCCACGCUGUACUGGGAUACCUCUGUCUCUUGGCCCUGGGAAGUUAUACCAUGGCCUUUUUGUCUAGAAAUUUGCCUGAUACAUUCAAUGAAUCGAAAUUUCUGUCAUUAAGUAUGCUAGUGUUUUUUUGUGUCUGGGUCACCUUUCUUCCUGUCUACUACAGCACUAAAGGGAAGAUCAUGGUGGCUAUGGAAGUAUUCUCUAUCUUGGCUUCCAGUACAGCACUCCUUGCCUUCAUAUUUGGGCCCAAGUGUUACAUUAUCUUGUUGAGACCAGACAAGAAUUCUUUUAAUCAUGUAAGGAAAAAAGCACAUUCUAGACGGAAGAAUUCUCCUAAAAUAUAG